UAAAGAGAGGAAACGAAAAAGCUUAACAAGGAGAAAAAGAAUGAAUUUCGAUGACCCCGUGGAAGAAAUGGAUUCCAAAGUGGAAUGCUCACAACCGUUGAGCCCCCAUAGAGAUAAAGUGUUUAAAAAAAUAUAUUUCACUCUCGUUUGCGCUCCUCCAGUAGAAUCAUCACAAAUUGUGGUACCGUCACCAUCGUCUGGCGGCCAUGGAGAUAUAAUCCAGAUAUAUAUAGAUAUAUUUCCUGACAAGGAUAAAAGCAGUAUAUGUGGGGAGCUCCGGAGAUUUGUGGCCUUAAGCCACAAUCGUUUUAAACAGAAGAAACAUAAACUAAGGGCUAAACCAAUAUAAGUUUUAUUAUUAUUACCUAUAUAUAUUAGUUUUAAGUUGUAAAUAUUAGUUUUAAG